GUGGAAAGAAGAUUUUGUUGGGGAUGUUCCAAAAAGGAAAUGAGGACUGUUAAUUCGGGACUGAUGGAGUAAUAUUCUAUUUUAGUUAAUAUUCCUAAAUCCUAAUGUAAAUAUAGUACUCCAUAAUAGAUAAGAACUCUAUUUAGUACUCACCAUGAUUAUUGUGAGUAUUAAAUUAUAAAUAGUGCUUUGCAUUUAUCAAUAAGAGAUACAAUUGCAAAUUUAAUUACUUAGACGUCUCUACUAGAGUUUCUGUCGAGGACAAGCAUGUCCUAUCCUACCAUGGUUGUAGCAUUUUGGGACAAAGGGAGUAUAGUUUUACUAGUGCAAACACACAGCUUGUUAGUUUCAGAAGUCUCACGUUCCCACUUUCCUCAGGCCCCCUCAAACAAAUCUGCUUUCGAAAGACACAAACAUUGGUUGCAGCAUGCUAAAACACGUAGUGCCAGGCACAAGAUAAUGAGAUUUUUAAGAGAGCAAGCUGCUCUAUCUGCAACUGAAAUAACGGUGGAAUCAGUAAAUAAAUUUGCUGCUGAAUAUGGUGAUAAUAGUGAAAGAGAAGUGAUUGAUUCUUCUAAAGGGGCUAUAGUCACACCAGAGAAGAUUCUAAAGAAGGUAGUGAAAAUGUCGAGUGGAAUGGUGAGUGGCGAAGAUAAUUUUCAUUUUAACAGUAGUAACAUCCAGACCCCCAAGGUGAAUGGCAAUCAUAGUAAGCAUCUGCAGCACGUGAGCUUGAAGGGCAGAGGAGAGACUUUCUUGCAGGGGAAUGGCGUUUUCAGGAUUAUUCAUGCUAACAUUCCUAAUUACCAGGAGGUGUUCCCAGGGUUGGAGAGUUGGGUCUCCAGCAAUGUAUCAUCGUGGAACAACCUUGAAGGACAUUCCAUACAGUGGUUUUGUGUAGUAUGCAUGGACCGAAAAGGCAUGAUGGGUGAUGUGACAUCAGCACUGGCUGCAGCAAGCAUUUCGAUAUGUUCAUGUGUGACCCUAAUUGUCAUUGACAAAGUUGUUGCAGGCAGAUAUUGACAGAGGGAAAGGAUUAGGUGUCAUGCUAUUUCAUGUUGAAGCUAGCUUGGAUGAUUUGGUGGUUGCAUGUUCCAGAGUGGAAAUUAUCCUAGGUGUUUUGAGUUGGUCCACAGGUUGCAGCUGGCCUGGGUACAAUCAUUUUCUAGAAUGUUAGUUCGUGCACGGCGUUCUUCGAUGCUGUGCUGGUACAGAGUUUUGACCGCAAAAGUGUUCUUCGUUUCUUGGUUAGUUCCUAUUUAUCUUGAAAAUUUUUCAAAAAAAAAACCCCGGCGGUGGUUUGGUUAUUGUAGAGUGAGGAGGGAGGUAGUGUAGUGUAGUGUAGUGGGUGCAUGCAUAUAUGGAAAAGAAGAGUAUUGUUGAUAUGAGGUAUACCUGUAAAGGCCAUUUUACAAGGGACAUGUGAAAAUAUGUCAUUGUUAGAGACAAUUUGUGUUGUAGUCAUUCACAUUUUGUGUAAAGAUUUGAUUCCAAAGGUACUGUAAGUUUUAUGGUUUGAAUAGCAAGCAGAAAUAAUAUGAUUUCAUCUUU